AUGUUAAAGAAACAUAAUAUCUUGAUCAUUUCAAUAAGAUAAGCAAAGAAAUAAAAGAAAAUAUAUUAAAAAAUAUUAGUCAAAGAGAUCACUUUAAUUGAUAAAUGCUAAAUUAACUAUUUUAAAAUAGGAACUACUAGAUAUAACUGUUAACUUAAUAUUUUUAAUGCAAUUGCUGAUUAAAUUUUUACCUAAAUAUGGAUGAAAAUGGGAUUUUUUUAAAAUGAUCUUAGCAAAAUUAAGAAAAUAAUAAACAAUUUAUUUUUUAUAUUUUGUAAACUAAAAACUUAUCUAUGUUCUAAAAAGAGUAAUGUAAAUAAUUAGAUAUGAUAAUAAAAUGUCUAAAAUAAGAGUAUUUUCAAAAUGAAUAUCAAAAAGGUUAGAAGUUGAAAAAUUGGUAAAUUAAGAUUAAUAAAAAGCAGAAUAUGCAGGAGUUAGAAAAUGAAAAUUUUACAUUUUUUAAUCUUAAAUAAAUAAGAUUACUCUAGGUAUAUUUGCUCUUCCAGUCCAAUAUAAAGAAGCUAAAAGUUAUAAAUUUAAAUUUGAAAUUAAUUCUUAAACAAGAUUUAACAAAUUCUUCAAUCUAACCUUAUAUUACUUAUUCUGUUUUAGCUAUUCAUCAAAAAUUUGAAGAAACUAUUUAAAUUGUUAUGUAAAAGAUUCCAGAAUAUGAAGGGGUUAAUUACUAUUAUCACAUAAAACUCUUUUAAUAAUUCUUUUGA